AAAAUGGUCGGUGUUGGGGGCUGUAUUACAGUGGAGAUCCCAGCGCAGGAGGGGAGAAACCUUUGACAUCCAGGUCCUUGAAUCGGGAAAGGCAGUUUAUUAGGAUUUUUGGCCCAGGCCAUCUACCAAUCCAGGAUCUUGGAGCUGUGCGUCUGUCUUACCCCCUGUCGUUCGCGUGUCUUUCAGUAGGGCGCUGUAUCACUCGGAGCAAAGGAACAAAGAAUCUGCCGGGAAUCCCUGCAUGACCUUGAAUUCGAAAAAGCUGGUAUUGGGACUCUCUGAAGUGCUGUUCUGUCUCUGCCGAGUUGCCAGCCUGUGUCUGUGGAUUUUGCUCCUGAAGGCCAAUCCGACUCAACAGCAAGAAGAGGAACAUUGUCCAGAAACAAGUUUGCAGAAUACAGUGCACCUCCAGGCCAGAAAGAAUAGGAAGAAACUGUCUGGACCUGUGUACGUGUAUGUGGGGGUGCCACUGCCCCCAGGACAUCUGGAGAGGCAAAGGAGGUGCUGCGGUAUCUGCAGCUUCUGAAGAGCCUGCCAACUAUAGACAAAGACUCCCCCGGACUUCAGAUAACUCUAAGUGACAGCAAGCCUGCUCUGCCCAGGUUAAGAAUUUGGCUCAGACAUUCUCCCCAGUAUGGGUCGAACUCGGGAAGCUGGCUGUGUGGCUGCUGGCGUGGUUAUCGGGGCUGGCGCUUGCUACUGCGUCUACAGACUGACCUGGGGAAGAGAUGAUGUCGAGAAAAUCUGGGAUUACGAUGAUGACGAUGAAGAUGAGGAAUCUAGUGAUCUUACAGAGAUAGGGGUAGAGACUGGGAAAGGAGCUAAUACUGGGGUUGGGGCCAGAGCUAGACUUCAGGGUGACUCAAAGGCCAAGGCUGAGGUGGGCAUGGAACUCAAGCGUGGUCCAGAUGUAAAGGUGGAAGCCCACUCAGGGGCCCAGAGAGGAGGUGGCCUAGAAGCCAAGGCCAAGGCCCUUUUCAGCACGCUGAAGGAACAGGCAAGUGCAAAGGCGGGCAAAGGGCCCAGGUUGGGUACCAUCUCUGGGACAAGGACCCUUGCAUCGAGUUUACCCUGCCCAGGAGGCAGGGGUGGAGGCUGCCACCCCACUAGGAGUGGGGCUAGGGCUGGGAACAGGGCAAGCGGAAAGUCCAAGGGAAGGGCCCGAGCUAAGAGCACCAGGACUCCAGCUACAACAUGGCCUGUUCGCAGGGGCAAGUUCAACUUUCCCUAUAAAAUUGAUGAUAUUCUAGGUGCUACAGACCUUCAAAAGGUCCUUAACAUCCUGGAAAGAACAAACGAUCCCUUUAUUCAAGAAGUAGCCUUGGUCACUCUUGGUAACAAUGCAGCAUAUUCAUUUAACCAAAAUGCCAUUCGUGAAUUAGGUGGUCUCCCAAUAAUUGCAAAACUGAUAAAAACAAAAGAUCCCAUUAUUAGAGAAAAGGCUUACAAUGCCCUUAAUAACUUGAGUGUGAAUGCUGAAAAUCAGGGCAAGAUUAAGACAUAUAUCAGUCAAGUGUGUGAUGAUACCAUGAUUUGUCGCUUGGACUCAGCUGUGCAAAUGGCUGGACUAAGACUGUUAACCAACAUGACUGUGACUAAUCAUUACCAACAUUUGCUUUCCUAUUCUUUUCCAGACUUUUUUGCUUUGUUAUUCUUGGGAAAUUACUUCACCAAGAUUCAGAUUAUGAAACUACUUAUAAACUUUACUGAAAAUCCAGCCAUGACAAGAGAGCUGGUCAGUUGUAAAGUACCAUCAGAGUUGAUUUCCCUAUUUAAUAAAGAAUGGGACAGAGAGAUUCUUCUUAAUAUUCUAACCUUAUUUGAGAAUAUAAAUGACAACAUAAAAAACGAAGGGCUUGCAUCAUCCAGGAAAGAGUUCAGCAGAAGUUCACUUUUUUUCUUAUUCAAAGAAUCUGGGGUGUGUGUUAAAAAAAUCAAAGCAUUAGCAAAUCACAAUGAUCUGGUGGUGAAAGUAAAAGUUCUCAAAGUAUUGACCAAACUUUAAUCGGGGGUCUGUCCCAAACAAUAUAGAGAUAAAAUUUUUUUUAGUUUGCACUUGGGAACAAUACAUUUUGUAAAUUCUUUGUUUUUCACUGUGCUUAUAUGGCAAAGAGAUACUUUCAGCUGCUAUUUUGGAAUAAUGAAUACAUACAUCAACAGUGAUGCUUUUUGUGAUGGCUGGUUUUAGGCUGGACCAUUUUAAGAAUGCCAAAUGAAUACCAGAACUUGUACAAAGAAAGCAUUUAAUUGAUUCCAUCUUGCUACUUAGAUUGUGAGAUAUUUUUACUCUUUACCUAAACUGCCAGCAAACUAAUCAUAAAAAACCUACACUUUUGUAUUGGUUUACAUUUGUUAAUCUUAGACUUGUGUUUUAUCAAUAAAGUUGUGUGUUUUAACCAGCA